UACACUACAAAUUCAAAAAGGGGUUUGGAAGAUUUUAUGAUAUGUCAUCAACAGAAGGUCAUAUAAAUAUUAGUAGACCACAGGCACCAAAUUAGAUAAAUUUACAUCAUAUUUAAGGAUUAUGCCAAGCUAACCCAUGUACAUAUAUGUAUGCAUAUACAAAUAUUAAGUCAUUUGUCGAUACGAUAUCAUAUCUUACUUUCCGGUAAUAUAUAUCUUAUUGGAUUAAUGCCUUCAAAUUUGCGGACUAUAAAUUGAAAUUUCCGAGGACGCAGAAUCACUUGAUCAGAAUACUGAGCUAAUUGACAAGUACUAAAGGCCAGCGUUUAUGAUAAAUUCAAAAUGAGGAAACUUUUAUCAUUUUCCCUAUGUUUCCUAAUUCCGUUUCAAUUCCUCGCAGCCAAAAAGACAGUGGCCGCUCCUUCCCUUCUGAUAUUGAUACGUCUUCUAAUCUGGAAGUCAAGCCACUUUCAUCAGCCUCGUAUGAAGGAGGCGUUAACAGAAGGCGUCCGCACUGGAAUUCUGGUAUUCUGCGUAAACACAUUGUUAAUGAAACUAAUUAUUAAGAACAUUUUUGUUUCAGUGAUUACACGAAAUUGUGCCGAAGUUCUUGUGUAUUUUCCUCAAGCUCCCAGUGGAAUUUACACAAUUCAUCCAAUUCCAGGAACGCCAGUCGAAGUUUAUUGCGACAUGGAUUAUGAUGGAGGUGGGUGGACAGUUAUUCAGAGGCGUGGUGCACCUUUGGAACGUGGAGUCGUACGACAAGAUUUUGCUCAAGGCUGGUCGGCAUACGAGAAAGGGUUCGGAAGUGCAGAACAAGAUUACUGGAUUGGCUUAACAAAUAUUGCUGCUAUGACUCGGAUGGAAGACUCUGAAUUGGUAUUCGAUUUGGUUGACUGGGACGAUGAGGUUAGAUUUGCCAGCUACAAAGUGUUCCAGGUAUCAAACAGUGCAGAUGACUAUAGGCUGACCACGGGUGGUUAUGUUGGCAAUGCUGGAGAUGGCUUUUUCGCACAGAAUAACGCCACAUUUAGCACCAAGGAUAACGACAAAACUCUCAAUGUCGGCAAUUGUGCUUCGUUAUAUCCUGGUGGUUGGUGGUUCACAAAGUGUCAUUCGUCGAACAUUAAUGGAAACUAUGCUGCUGAAGGGUCAAAUGGCGUCGCAGAAUAUGCCCAAGGGAUUACGUGGUCUAGAUGGAAGGGCUACUAUCACUCUCUAAAGCAGGCACAAAUGCAAAUUCGAAGCAAAUCUUACAAACCAUUUUGGUAAAAUAAAGUACUGUAUGCAUAAUAAAUUAAAGCAUAUGAUGUAUUUUAAUUAGAAUUAAUUAUAAUUCCUUUGAAAAAUGUACUUAUAUUUUCAAAAGUUAAAAGUUUCAUGGUAUUUAGAUUUAGUAAUCUAUUUAAACGAAUAAA